UAUUGUACAUUUGAACUAUGCAUCUGAAUUCACAUGUAUAUUCGUAUAGCAACGAAUUGGUUUGGCAAUAAGGUGUACCUUACCUUACGCCUAUUGCGUUACACUAUAACCAAGAUUAACCAUAAGGGCCUUGCUGUUUUUCUGAAUAAGACUAAUUAAAAUCAUGAAACGUUACGGGAGCUUUUAUCGUAUGCAGGCUGUAAUCAUUAUAUAGGCUACCUCGAAUGUCCGUGGCAAUAAGAUUGCUAGAGAUGUGGGUUAUUCUGAACUUGUGAGAACAACUGUAAUUGAUGAAGUAGGAACUGUGAAGUCAGUGAGAAAGUGAGAAAGGGAAGUAUUUUAUCUUAAGCGCCGUUAGCGCUAUCUUGUGAUGGUGUAGCGACAUAUGCAGCGACCCCCACCAGCUGCAUGACAAUCUAGUCCCGAAAUAAUCUCCGAGCAGCACAGCUGAGCUCCCUCCCCCUCGACGCGCCAUGCCCCUCCACCGCCGCACACUUCAUCCGCGCCUCCACUACAAUGACGAAAUUCAGUUAUUCCGAAUAUCUAUCGCAACUACGAAAUGCCGGGAACAAACGAAACCACGAGGUGUUCACGGCCACAGCAGACGGACAGAGACGUGCCGAUAGACAACGGUCCGGUACGCCAGAGUCUGCGGAGGGGCUGGACCCUUUGGUGCUAGCCAUCAGGAGGGGAGACAUGACGGCGUUAAAGGAGCUGUCUGUCAGCCACAGCCUGACGAGGGAGGGCCAAGACGGCUGGACGCCUUUACACGAGGCCGCCUUCUGUGGGGAGACGGAGGCUGUGAAGAUGAUCCUGAAGGCGUACCCGGCGUCGGUGGAUAAGCGGACGCUGCAGGAGCAGACGGCGCUGCUGCUGGCCUCCUCCACCGAGCACCUGGCCUGUGUACGCAGUCUGCUGGAGGCCGGGGCCGACCCCGACAUCUGUGGGAAGAACAAAGACACACCCCUGUACAUCGCGUGCGAGCGAGAGAACGCGGACAUGGUGGACCUCCUGGUGCAGGCCGGCGCCUCGGUGAACCAGCGCUGCGCCCGGGGCUGGACGGCCCUGCACCAGGCCGUGUCCCGGGACAACACGGCGCUCUGCGGCACGCUGCUCGCCGCGGGGGCCAACCUCAACCCCUCCAACACCCGCAGCAUCACGCCCCUCAUCGUGGCCGCCCAGCAGGGCAGGCUGCGGGCCCUGGGCUUCCUCCUGGGGAAAGGAGCGGACGUGAACAUGGAGACAUGUGACGGCGUGACCGCUCUGCAUGAGGCCAGCAGGCACGGCCACCGGGAGGCGGCGGCCAUGCUGCUGGAGCGGAACGCAGACGCAAACAAACCCUGUGGUUCAGGGCUGCUGCCGCUGCACACCGCGGCGGAGCAAGGGCACCAGGAGAUCGUCUCCCUGCUGGUCCCGGUCACCAGCCGUGCGCGGCUGCGGGGCAGCGGGAUCAGCCCCCUGCACCUGGCGGCCCACAACAACAGGCUGGCUGCCGCAGCUGUCCUGCUCCGGACCGGCGCCGACGUCAACGCCCCCCUGUCCCGCCAGCGCUGCGCCCAGCACCCCGACCAGCGCACCUCCCCCUUGUACUUUGCCGUCGACGGCGGAGCCACAGAGACGGCGGCGCUGCUGCUGAGGGCGGGCGCCAGCCUGACCCUGGACCCCGUCAGCCCCCUGCUGCUGGCCGCCCGGCGAGGCAGCCUGGGCGCCGUGGAGCUGCUGCUGGAGCACGGCGCCGACGCUAACGUCAGCGUACCGUCGUACCCCACCCGCUUCCCCGGCGCGGUGGCGCUCUGUGCCGACGGCGUGGCCGUGCUCCGGUGCCUGCUGGAGCACGGCUGCGACGCCCGGGCCUGCUUCGGCUGUAGGUACGGCCCCGCCCCGCACCCUGCCUGCACCCCUCCGGCCCUCUCCAGGGGCAGGGAGAGCGGGCGGCUGUCUGCCGCCCCCCCGCUCCGCUCUGGGACACCUGCCCUGACCUGCAAGGAGUCCCCCGCCAACGGCACACAGUUUUGUGAAUGGCUCUCGACCUCAGCUGGGCGUGACCGGGCUGGACCAAUCGUAGACCUGCUCCUGGAGUACGUGGGGAGCGUUCAGCUCUGCGCCCGGAUCACCGAACUGCUGGACAGCCGGGAAGACUGGGGCCCCGUCAGACACAAGACUCUGUCGCCUCGUCCUCUACUGCAUCUGAGCAGGAUCAGGAUUCGGGAACAGAUAGGAACUCACCGGCUGGGGUCUCUCCAGAGUCUCCCUCUGCCAGACAGACUCCUCCACUACCUUGGUCCCAGUGGUCUUCAGGAACCACGGCUCAGUUCCCCGACUAUUACUGAGUCUCAACUGAAAUGAAUGUAGAUGUGUGAUGGUUUUGGUUUGUUUAUAUGUGCAACGGUGGCCGUUUAGCUUGUUCCAGUGUGCACAAGGGCCUGAUGAUACUGUGUAUUAUACUCACUAUAUAUCAUGUUAAUAUGUUUGGGUUGUACAACUAGGGGUGCCAAUGUUUGCUUGAAUCAGUCUAUUUAAGUUUAAGUUAAGUGUGUCUGUAUUGAAGGAGUGCAUGUGUUUGUUAACGAAUGAAUCUUCUGAAGACAGGAGUUAAGAAAGGUUAUAACACUUUAUUUGGAAAUCACAGCUACUGUUUAAAAAGGUCAACAUUAUUUGGACAAAAAGUUUUCGUCUCUUAAUUAAAACAAAAUUGGAACAUUUAAA